AAUAUCGACCCGAUGCCCGAGACGCCGUGCGUCUGCGUGUAUAUAAACAAUCCAGCGUUUCGAUUCGAAGGGUAUUCGUGCUGUGGAAAUUCGUUUAUCAUCAUCAAAUUUUGAUAAAACCGGCUGUAUGAAGCAUUAAGGAAUGGGGUUACAAAAAAUCUCUAGUGUUGGAAGGCUGUUACUGAUAAUAAUUGGAUUGACGUGGGCUCAAGAGGAUUCUCUUCGUAGCGCAUUAAACGCGAUUGAUCGACGCCAAAGAGAUUUAUCUGAAUUUUCUAGAUAUGACGAUGACAGUUUAGGGGACUACGGAUAUUCGUUAGAAGGUCCUGAUGACCUUGCUUUUCUGUCUCCAUCCGAAUAUAGCACAGAUCGUGACUUAGACAAGAAUCCGACUUUCGAACGACUUUUAUUAGAUUACUUGGAAGACGGUUCUUAUCCCGAUUCAGGGCGUGCUAAUCGUGAUGAGGAUGUUAAAAAAAGAAUUUCCUCCUCGUUCAGAGAGCGCUUGGAGGAGGAUAAGGAGCGGCAAUUAGAGGAAUUAGCGCAAAGUUUUCUACCAAACGCCGACAAUUACCAAGAAGGGAACGACGAAGACUACAGUCAGCUAAUUAGAGAACUUUGGGAGAAAUACCGAAACUAUCCGAAUUUAUACAACCAUCCGAGAGUUUACUACAACAAUGAAAACAAGAAGCGGUCUUAUUACCCGGGUCUAGGACUGGACAGCAUCGGAUUACGAAAGCGCAACAAAUACUACGACUCAGACCUAACCGACUCCCCUUAUUUACCCAACUACAAUUCAAGAGACGAUUUCUACAACAAAUACCAAGACGACGACGACCGGGACACCGACGCGAAUUAUUACGACUGGUCUAAAGCCAAACACCACAAAAGAGACCGGAAAUACGACUCUCGACAAAGGUCAUAUCCGAUGAAACGCUUCCCCGUGUCAAAGCGAAGCAGCAGCUACGAGCCCCCGCAGUCGGAGAUCACCCACGAGCACAAACGCUCAACAACCAAAAAGGACUCAGUCGAGAAAACCGACCCGAAAGUCGCCCAAGACUUGAGCAACAUCUUCGGCACCGUCACAACCCCCAAGCCGGAAAAGUCCAAAACCGCCAAAAAAGAACUAGCAAAAGAGACGAAACCCAAGAUGAAAUCCUCCAAAAAAGCGAGCGCGUCCAAAGAAGAAGUGGCCGACGCCCCCAGCGAUAAGCCCCUCCAAAUCCAGAAGAAAUCGAUCAACUGGUCCGAUUACUUCGGCCUGGACCGGCGCAAGAAAUCCGACGACGAACUCGACAAGCAGUGGUUGCUGGAGCGGUACCACAAAGCCAUCGCCUUGGCCACCAAGCGCAACGCCGAAUACCCGCUCCAGUCGUUCAAAAACCACGACCAGCCCAGCAAAAAGGAGUCCGACAAGAAGAACAAAUCCGAAGAACUGAAACUGUCCGAAAUGGACGCGAAAUUGAAGAACAUGGAGGACACGAUCAUCGACGACGCGCUUAAAUUCACCGGUGCCCACGAAGGCGCCACCGACUCCCAGGAGAUCCAGGAGGUGAAGGACCGUGUUAUCUCGCGGCUAGCGGCCGCCUACAGCUUGGAAAAGAUGCGCCGGGCCUUAGGCGAGUACAAACUCAGCGUCGAGAAGGAAAAGGAGCGGUUGAAGCAGCACAAAAGCGACGACUACGACAUUUCGGAGGAAAAAAGAGUGGCAGUGCCGCGGAAACAGGCCGUUGACGAAGAGCGGGAGAAGACUCCAGAAGGGGACAAUACCAUCAAGUGCUCCCAAGGCGACGAGGACUGCGAGGAGCAGAAUUACCGGGCGCCUUCCGAGGUCUUGGAGCAAACAGUUUUCGAGGAGUGUCCCAAGGUGCAGCGGGCGUGCAAUGAGGUGGCCACGGUCCUGGGCCACUAUGCUAGGGUCUUCGAGACGGCGUGCAACAUGCACCAGAUGUGUCUCCUUUGCACUAAUAACAGCUGGUUCGCCCCGACUCGCCAAUGCAACGUCCUGUUCCUGAGCAAGGCGUUCGAGCUGUGCGAUGGCAAGCAGGAGUGCCAGAAGGAGGCGCAAAAGUCGGUCCGGUAUUUGCUCGAUGUUAACCGUUCGUUAAGACUGGAACCGCUGGGGGAGUGCGAGCUCGCCUGUCCCGACAGACGAUAAACUAGGAACGAUCGAUGUCCGGAAGGGUCAAGCCCUUGAUUUCUCUCGACGCCAUCUAAAUUGUAUCGAUAUUUACGACAGCCUUGAUUUAUUUCAAUGGGUGUAUUAUCAUUGUAACUUAUUAAAUGUACACAUAGUAAAUGUUGCUUCAGAAAUGACAUUAACACUGAAGUUCGUUGUUAAAUAUUUAUAUUCUAUUUGUUUAUUCGAAAUAUACAGCGAUUUAUCUUUACACAUUCUAAAACACGUUCAAAGUAAUAAAUUCCAACUUCAUUACUGUACAGGUUUAAAUUCUCAUUGUUGUAUCUAAAUUUUUUAGUGACAGGGAUGCGUUGAACGUGAUUUUAUUAUGAGCAGUUGACUGGAGUCGAUACGGCGAUUUCAUUAGUGCCCUGGAACGAUCGUGACAAUAAUCCCAAAUAUCUGAUUAAAUUAAGAAAUUUUUGACAGGGCGAUUUCCGCAUCAAACCCACGUUUGAAAUCGCCGCAUCAAGACCAUCGAUCUUGCUUAGACAAAAGGACUGUGCUACUGUAUUAACGGUUUCAAUAUAUUUUAAUGGUAAAAUAGACAAUUUUAUUUGAUGUUGAA